CAGUAGCAACAGAUGGCAAUGAGAACUGCGGAAGCGAAAGGGUUCAUUCGCGAUCACGACUGCUCCUCCCACCUAUGUCUUGGGAGAAAAUGCAAAACAGGACGAUCCAUGACGUUGCAGGUGGAAUGAGCAGAACGGGUCAGCGCGCCUUCGAUUUUUAUAAUUAGUUAGCCGUCUCCAGCUCGUCCUGGCAUUGUUGACAUACGCACCCGCACGCGCCUGAACCACAAAGCACCGUCUCGUCUUGAAGAGUUGCAGUGCCCUGCAUGUUUACAUUCGCUUUUGAGGGAAUCUCUGACUGGUGACACCCUGAGCAUGGCCUGAUUCCGGCAUGCCGCUGUGGUCCGAUUGUCUAGAAGAUGAUGGUGGACUCGUGCCCAUUGCUGCUGCUGGUCCACAGCAAUGCUUAAGCCAAGACAAUGAACAUCGAUGCUGCUGACAGUCUGCCAACUUGGAGACUGUGGGGCGAGGAGCGCACCCCAGGAGCUGUUUUCACCGUUUACCUCAAGAAAGUGCGAUACCACAGUCCAAAUAAAAGUGUUUCGGAACAGGAAGACAACAUUUCUCAUCUAGAAUGGGAGACCGUCAGGGUGCGAUUAGUCAAGGCUGCUACCCUUGUCAAACUGGUCGAAUGCUUGGCCAGCGACGAGGGAGAACUCGAGACAACUUAUGUCAACAUUUUUCUAGCCACUUAUAGAUCAUUUAGCACAGCGUCGCAGGUGCUAGGGCUUUUGCUUGAUAGGUAUAAGUUACUUGCAAAUGACGGUGAUGAGGUGGAGCUGCCAGAUUUUUUAAGGCAACAACAUGUCAAAACUCUUAUACUGGCUCUGCAUGUGUGGCUUGACACCUACCCUGAAGACUUUGUCGAUCCUCCCAAGUUUCCAGCCUUGCAAAGGCUCGACGAAUUCUGCAAGGAAAACGUUCCUGAAUCUGAAUUAGCAAUUAGAGUUAGACACCGCCUAGAGAAGCUCUUACAAGCAGAUGUUGGUGAAAGAAGUGCAAGGGUGCCGACGGCCAUGCCUGUCGACAACGGUGACACGGUCCACGAAGUUGUCGUUGAUGCCACCAAAGUGACUGACCUCUCUGAGUACAAAUUCCCAAACAUAAACGAAGUCCACUUUGCUGAGCAGCUCACCUGCAUGGACAUGGACCUGUUUACCCGACUAGUGCCGCACCAAUGUCUUGGCUCGGUUUGGGCCAGGCGCGGAGAAAAGCCUGGUGCCGUCGGCGGGCUGGCUGGAGGAGCUGCUGGAUCUGUUUUAGCCACUGUGAACCAAUUCAACGCAGUGUCUUUGAGAGUGAUCAGCACAACGUUAAAGCAAUCAUUGCCAGAUCGAACUCUCAUCAUCUCAACGUGGAUUAAAAUUGCUCAGGAACUUCGAGUAUUGAAAAACUUCUCUUCGCUGAAGGCGAUUGUGUCGGGUCUGCAGUCCAACCCUAUCCACCGUUUGAAACGGUCUUGGGCGGGACUGGACAAGGACACGUACCAGUUGUUCUCAGAGCUGGCUAGGAUAUUCAGUGAAGAGAACAACCAGUUUGCUCAACGGGAGCUGCUUAUGCGGGAGGGAACUGCCAAAUUCGCCAACACAGUAGGAACCAACGAUAGGCAAUUGCAAAAAGCCAUUCAACGACAAUUGAAUCAAAGCGGGACCAUUAGCCAUGGCACCAUACCAUACUUAGGAACUUUUUUGACCGACCUCACAAUGAUCGACACAGCCAUCCCCGACUUUGUGGGCGAAGAAAAACUGAUCAAUUUUGACAAGAGGCGGAAAGAGUUUGAAAUCCUAGCUCAGAUUAAAUUGUUGCAAAGUGCAGCGAACGGAUACUCAUUCAAGCUGGACCGCAAAUUUGAAGAGUGGUUCAACGCAAUUCCCGUUCUAGACGACAAAGAAGCGUACGAUCUCUCCUGCCAGCUUGAGCCGCACGUACCCAGUAAUACUCUCAGCAGUGUUGAAUCGGCAAAAUCUAAAAAGAGUUUUUUUAGAUUUCCAAGGUCAUUGAGCAUCGGUUUUUUGCAAGGCCACAAGAAGAAUGACUCAGUUGCCAGCACAAACUCUGGAAGCAGUUCUAGCAGUUUCUACCUCCCCACCAGUCACGAAACAUCCUGGCGGUCAUCUCGAGGGCUCUCGCCCUCUCCACUUUCAUCUAAAUCGAGCUCCACCUCAUCUCUGGUCUCUCUGGACGUCUCCUUGGGCAGUACGGCGACGAGCGGCAGCAACGCCAAGUUGCAGCAGUCCAUCGACAGUGCGAGCACCACUAUGGAGCCUGAGUUCUAUGUGAUCAAAGUGACCACGGACUGUCAGGGCCACGCCAAGGAUGGCCAGGUCAUGUACAAAAGCAUCAUGCUGAGCAACAACGACCGCACCCACCAGGUGGUCAGGCAGGCCAUGCUCAAGCUUGGACUCGAAGGCCGACCUGAGGACUACACUUUUGCACAAGUCUUAUCACAUAAAGAAUUGCUGCUACCGAACGACGCGAAUGUUUUCUACGCAGUGAACACCGCUCAUGACUUGAACUUCAUUGUCCGGAGAGCCAAGAAAUUGUAGCUUACGAAACUGGAUGUCUGCUUUGAAUGUAUUUAUUUAUUUGCCUGACUAUAGUUUUCAACUACUCUGAAUGUGAAUAUUAUUUGUGUGGACACCAAGUGCAAUUACAGAACAAAUUAUACAUAAUAUAUAUUGAUGCGAGAAUUAUGAAUUCUUAGAGUGCAAUUAUCAUGAUUAAUAUCGGACUCACAUUAUAUUAUACUUAACAUGCAUUCCACUGAUAUUUUAACGAUGAUAUACUUUCAAUGUCGCAAAAUGAGAUAUCUUAAUUUGAGUGUGAUAUAUUUUUGUGGACGAAUCUUUUUCGAUAAUUUAUAUUAUAUUACGUUGCCUUUUUAAACAUUUCCUCAAAACUGUUAAUUACUCAAAUAAAUUUUAUUUGCAUUAAAGCUUCUAGAAAUAA